UUCUGUCUCCUUUUCAAAUCAAGAUUUAACUUCUCCUCCUCCCAUAAAUUCCCUUCUGCACUCACCUUCCUUUUCCUUUAGCAAGUUCAAACAAUUUUAUGUUACGUUAUUUCACUGCACCACCAACCAUCACUCUUUCUUUGCCUUUUUGCUAUUGCUUCAAGUAAAAGGUCACAUUUUUUGUGAAAAAAGAAAAGCAGUUUCUGGCGUGGGCGUUCUUUUUCCCCUUUUUCCUUUUCAUUUUUUUUGGGUUGAUUUGACAAAUCGAAUGCUGUGAGGCUGUAAGAGAGAUAAUUUCAGUGUUCAGAUUUGAGGAUCCAAUAAGGGGAACCAAGUUUAUAGCAGAAUUUUAUUUUUCGUGCUUGCACAAGAGCCAGCAAAAUAACUUGUCCAGUUUCAAGAUUCCUCCCUCUAGCUGAUUAGGUUUUAUUUAUUUUAUGCUUUCCAAAAUGAUUGAUGUUAUGCAUUCAAUUGGGAGGCCCAUGAACCAAGCUCAGAAAAGCUUGGACCCUCAGCUAUGGCACGCCUGUGCCGGUGGCAUGGCCCAAAUCCCACCCCCAAAUUCCAAAGUCUAUUACUUUCCUCAAGGCCAUGCUGAACAUGCCUAUAUAAAUCCAAAUCUCAAUAAACUCCCAAAAAUUUCACCCCUUGUACACUGUAAAGUAUCCUCAAUCAAAUAUCUAGCCGACAGGGAGACCGAUGAAGUGUACGUAAAAAUUCGAUUAGUCCCAUUAAAGGAAAACGAAUUUGAAGUUGAAAAAAACGAGGCUUUGGGAUUCGAAAAGUACGACGAUAAGCAAAAAACCGAUUCUUUCGCAAAGACGCUGACUCAAUCUGAUGCGAACAAUGGCGGGGGGUUUUCGGUUCCUCGAUACUGUGCCGAGACAAUAUUCCCUCGGCUCGAUUACUCGGCCGAGCCCCCAGUUCAGACAAUCUUGGCUAAGGAUGUUCAUGGGCAGAUUUGGAAAUUCAGGCACAUUUACCGUGGUACCCCUCGCCGCCACCUCCUAACCACUGGGUGGAGCAAUUUUGUGAACCAGAAGAAACUCGUGGCAGGGGAUUCUGUGGUGUUUGUGAGAUCUGAAAGUGGCGAGCUGUGUAUAGGCAUUCGCCGGGCCAAAAGGGGAAUCUUUGGUGGGCCCGAGGUGCUGACGGGUUGGAACACUGGGCCGGCCCAUCUCGGCCCGUCUCGGGUUUUUGGGCUUCCGGGGGAUUUGUCAGAUGGUGGGAAGGGUAAUGCGGAUAAUGGUGAAUGCGUAAUUGAAGCAGUGAGCCUUGCUGCUGGCGGGCAUGAGUUUGAGGUUUUUUAUUAUCCGCGUGCAAGCACGCCGGAGUUUGUGGUGAGGAGUCGGGCGGUAAAGGCGGCUAUGGGGGUGAGGUGGUGUCCCGGGAUGAGGUUUAAGAUGGCGUUCGAGACGGAGGAUUCGUCUCGAAUAAGCUGGUUUAUGGGGACUGUAAAGUCGGUUCAGGUGGAGGACUCGGUUCGUUGGCCUAAUUCACCUUGGAGACUUCUUCAGGUGGCAUGGGACGAACCUGAUUUGCUGCAGAAUGUGAAGCGGGUCAGCCCGUGGCUAGUCGAACUUGUAUCCAAUUUGCCUCCCAGCUUCCUCCCUCCUCUGUCGCCUCCGAAAAAACGGACCCGCCUAACCCAGCCUAACGAAUUCCCACUCAAUAUCCCCACUUUAUUCACCAAUCCCCUUAGUCCCAGUAGCCCUUUGUGCUGUUCAGACAAUAUGUUUGCAGGUGUACAGGGAGCCAGGCAUGCACGAUCAGGACCGAACACUGAUCUGAAUCUGCACAUGACACUUCAGCCGUUUGAUUUCAAACUCCUCAGCUACGUGGGCCCACCGGAAAACAAAAAGUUUGCAAAAAAUAAUGAUGAUAUAAUAAGGAAAACGCCUGGUGGGUUUGUUCUGUUUGGGCAGCCGAUUCUCACCGAGGAACAAAUUUCUAGAAGCUACUCUGUGAAUAGUUUAUCAGAUGGAAAUCAAGAGAACAUGACAAAUGGGUCCAACGAGUCGUGUUCGCGUUUGGCAAAUAUUCACCACUUUCUGGAGGAACCCUCCUCGGAUGGAGGUGCCGUCGAGCAAUGUACUGUAUAGUGAUGCACAGGGUACAACCAAACACGUCGAGGACCAACUUUUCGGUGAUUUUAUCAAGAACGCGAGAAGGCUAAUGAUCCUUGCGGGUGCUGGGAAGUGUUAAUCUUGACAAAUGGAGAUGAAAAAAAAAAAAUAAUAACUUUCAUCCAGUUUUCAAUAAUGCAAUUCGAUUAAUUUUAGGUGUGAAUUUCCAAGUGAUGGGAAAAGUUCCUUGUAACUCUAUUAUUAGAUUUGUAACUUCAGACUUCCGUGUGUUCUGUUCGGUAUAACAGAAAUAUUUCAAAUGGCAUUGUGUUAUAUUUUAGCUAUAGCUCUCCAAGAUUAGAUGAAAG